AUGACCCGUGCUGUACAGCGUAUUACAGGCGAACACUCUGUAAUACACUUGGCCUUUGAUGUCCACAAUCCGAUGGUCAGGCAGGCACAGCAAAAUGCCCAAUUUGUGCUGGAAAGCGCAGUACACGCCUAUACAUUUAUCAGAAACGAGCUUUCUUGA